AUGUACACGGCUCGAUACACAACUUAUGUUGAGGGCAACUCUACCAUUGCGAGCGCACCGAGUCCAACGACACUUCUGGCGGGAACGACCCCAGCAGACGGUCGAGGAGCAGUGGUAAACGACGAGCAAACGGCGAAAACGAUAAAGAAACAAUAUGGAGGGCAACUCUACUCGACCAUUGCGAAACUUGCGGACAUUCUCUGCUGCAUUUCAUGGCUUUCGCUCGUGUUGAAGUUCUUCAAAAAUAAAAUCCUGCUAAAAGUAAAUUUAAAGUGUUCUGUUCUACUUGCUUCGUUCUCUUCUCUUUUAAAAGAGCCUAAAAGUCAUCCCGAUUGGCGUGUAGUUUGCAUUAACCGAGCGAUUUUUCUGGCUCUACCUGUGAAAUCUCCACGAGACAGCGAAUUUAUCGAGCUGUAUGUAGAAGGUUGUUUACGAGAAAGUCCCGGCGCACUCGGGUGUUUAUGGGAA